AUGCUCUCUGCCAACUUGGACAUCGGGAUUAUGUUUCUCACUCAGACAGGAAUUGGCCUCCUGGGAAGUUUCUCCCUCCUUUGUCUUUAUACCUUCACUUUGCUCACGGGACAUAAUUCGAGACCCACAGACCCAAUUCUCAUGCAACUGGUCACAGCCAAUUGUGUGGCUCUUUUCACUAAAGGGAUCCCUCAGACAGUGGCAUCUUUUGAAUGGAGGUAUUUCCUGGAUGAUAAUGGAUGUAAAUGUGUCUUCUAUUUUCACAGCGUGGCCGUAGGAGUUUCCUUCAACACCAUCUUUCUCUACCAUGGCUUCCAGGCCAUUAAACUAAACCCCAGUAUUUGGAGGUGGAUGGAGCUCAAGAUUAGAUCCCUAAACUUCAUUGCCUUCUGCUGCUCCCUCUGCUGGAUCCUGCAACUCUUGUUACGUUCAUGUGUACUCAUGGUAAUAAAAGGUCCCUUGAACAGGAAGAACUUUAGUCUGAAAAAUACGUAUGGAUUCUGUUCUUGGCAUACAAGUGAGAAUUUUGCAGGGUCAUUCAUUACAGUGCUGUAUUGUUGCCCUCACAUUUUUAGUUUGGGCUUCAUGAUCUGGGCCAGUAGCUCCCUGGUUCUUGUCCUGCACAGACACAAGCAGCGAGUCCAUUGCAUUUGCGGCAGCAGACGCUCCCCCAGACCUUCCUAUGAGGCCAGAGCCACAUGCACCAUCCUGAUCCAGAUGAGCAUUUUUGUUCCAUUUUACUCAACCUACUUAAUUUUGACAAUUUGGAUGACUCAAACAAGAAACCGUGGCCAGUGGGUGCUGAACUUCUCUGUCUCUGUGUCAUCGUCUUUUUAUGCCGUCGUUCCCUUUGCUCUCAUCAUCAGUGACCGCCGGGUCUCUCAGCUCUGCUUGGCCUGCUGGGCUGGGAAAUCCACUUCUUAA